AGCCUCUCCCCCUCCCUGCUUCCGAGGCUAGCUGCUGUGUCCUCACCUCCACCCACAUCGCCAUCUCCAACGACGCAUCCAUCACCUUGGGCGUCGGGCCCUCGGCUUGCUUCGUACGUGGACGACUACUGCUCGGCUCCCUAUUUAAGGCGAGGACACGAGGCCUGCAGGUUGAGGAGAAGCAGACGUCUGCACACCGUGUUCGAUCGAUUGUCAUGGCCGUCGAAGCGCACCACCUACUCCACACAGGAACAGGUGGACAGAAACUAACAACCCACGCGGGUUGGGCGAGCACGGCGCCUGCGACGGGGCGGCAUGCUUGUUACGGCAGGGAGAUCGCGGUGGGGGUGCCGAGCCAGCAGGGGUACCAGCACUCGUGCAUGGGCCUGGUCGCUCCGGCGCCGCCGCCGCUGAUGGGGCAGUACGGGCACCUGUGCGCGGCGGACGCGGCGGAGAGCGGCGUCACGUUCGGAGGUGCACAGGAAGUGGCGCCCAGGAAGCGGAGGCGCGCCGAGCACGGCGGGGAGCUGCCGGUUCUCGGGCUCGGCUCGGCCGAUGUGGCGGCGCACUUCCAACAGCAGUUGGUCGACGUUGACCGCCUCGUGCUCCACCACACGGCGAAGAUGUGGGCGGAGCUGACGGAGCAGAGGCGGUGGCAGGCGAGGCAGGUUGUGGCCGCCGUGGAGGCCGCAGCGGCGAAGCUGCUGCGCGCCAAGCACGAGGAGCUCGAGCGGAUCGGGAGGCUCAACUGGGCCCUUGAAGAGCAGGUCAAGAGCCUGUACGUGGAAGCGCAGGUGUGGCGCGACCUCGCGCAGUCCAACGAGGCCGCGGCCAACGCGGUCCGUUGCCAGCUGCAGCAGGCGCUCGACGCCCAGGCGCGCCGCGGCGUCGGAGCCGGCGCCGACGACGCCGAGUCGUGCUUCUGCGGGGACAACGACGUGGCCGGAGGCACGGGAGCCGGCGAGGAGGAGGCGGGUGGGACGACGGGCCGCGCGAGGUGCAAGGUGUGCGGAGAGGGCGCGGCCGAGGUGCUGCUCCUGCCGUGCCGGCACCUGUGCGCGUGCGCGCCGUGCGCGGCCGCGGCGCGGGCGUGCCCAGCGUGCGGGUGCGCCAAGAAUGGCAGCGUCCGCGUCAACUUAUCGUGAUGGCUGUGAAAGCAAUAGUAUUAGAGUUGGUUUUCUUUUUCUGCUUUCUUUUUUGCCCUCUGUUUUUUUUCUUGAUAGGAUGAUACCGACGGUUUAGUGGUGUGGAUAUGUGAGGAUACGUCUUAGCUUUUCUCAAGCUGUUGGAUCUUUCAUUUGAUCAACAAGAAAGAAUGAAAAAACAAGAUUAGAAACCUUGCA